AUGGGAUUGUUCCUGCUGGUUGCUAGAGACAACGAAGACCCUGAGGUGGUGGAUCGUGUUAGAAGCACGCUCAACUGCGACAUAGCCGAUCAAGGCAUGCAGUACGAUGGCAUCAUUGUUCUUGGAGGGGAUGGGAGUGUUCUAAGGGCAGUGUCGUGCUAUGAUGAUCCGCCAAUUAUCUAUGCAGUCAAUCGCGGAAAGGUUGGGUUUCUUUGCCCGAUUCCAUACAGCAAGCUCGAUGAUCUGUUAGAAAAGCUUGUGUGUGGCAUACAAAUAGACAUGAAAAGAUCAAUCAGGCUGUGCUUUGCAGGCAAAAGGCGCUUUCUGAAUGAGGCAAUAAUAAGGUCACGGGUGCCACGGCUGAGCACAUUUCGGAUCUGCAUCGACAGCAUGUCGUUUAUGAUAAGAGGAGAUGCGGUGAUUGUGUCGACACGCAUGGGAAGCAGUGGAUACAAUGCAUCUGCAGAUGGGCCGUUGCUUCUUGUGGACAGCAUCGUCAUUAAUGUUGUGGCGCCAAACAGGUGUGCAUUCAGGCCGAUUGUGUGCGGUAUUGAGAGCAAGAUCAGUAUUGAGGUAGAUGCGGAUCCCCAGGUCAUCAUUGAUGGAAUGGGAUAUGAUGAGGCAGGAGGGUGUGGGAGUGUGUUUGAUAUAUACUAUGACGGAUCCGUGGUGAGGUUUGGGCACCUGAAUGAAUAUGACGGGUCUGAGAAGAUUGAAGGGUUGUUUAUGCUGAAUGCAGGGCCGGUGCUGAGCUUGGAGUAG